UUUAACGGGCCGGGCCGGGUCACCUGCAACACGAGGGCACACUCUGUCAUUCAUCAACGCACAUACCCAUCCCAAUUUUGCAAUUGAAUCAGGUAUCGCAAUUGGAAAAUCUGCUAGGGUUUGUUGCAGAGCUAAGCAAUGGCGAUGAGGAGAUUCUUCAACGAGAUAAGGGGGAAGAAGUUGAGCGAGGUUCCAGAGCACGUGAAACCGAUGAUGUCGUUGGGUUACAUAAAGAGAGCAAUUCAGCGUGGCAUGGACAACUACCACGCCAAGUACAUCGAAACCAGUUCCCCCGAUCCCAUCUUCCAUGUCUGCUACGGCGGUAUGAUCUUCUCCUACCUAGUUGCUCUCCCUCACGAGCGCCGCCACCUUGAGCACCGCCAGCAGCACGCUCAGCAGCACCACUGAUUCGUUCAUUCAGGUACCUUUCUGAAUCCUCGCUGUUUAUUCUA